AUGCGCUCACAGGAAGGGCAAGCCCCCGCCUCCGCCGAUAUCGAACUCAUCAGCAACCGACUCGAAGCCGUCACGAUCGAUUCCAAGGGCGACGAGAACGGCGAGAACGAGAUUUUGAACAGUUUGACGAAGGAGCAGAAGGAGGUGAUUGCGGAGCUCCAGACGCUCCAGGGCCAGCACGACGAGCUCGAGCGCGCGUACGACCAGGAGCUCGUCGCGCUCAAGAUGAAAUAUGAGCAACUCUACGCGCCGCUCUACGCCAAGCGAAGGGAGUGUCUCCUGAAGAAGGAUCCUGCGAACCCCUCUGCGCAGUUUGGCACGCCAGCUGUUCCAGCGUUUUGGAUGAACUGCAUGAAGCAGAACUCGACGUUGUCGGAGUUGAUUGAGGAGCACGACGAGCCGAUUCUGCAGCAUCUGGAGAAUGUUUCGUGCGAGUAUUUCACCCGGGAGGAGCAAGACGAGGUCGAGAAAAAGCAGGGCGAAGAGGGGGUCGCGCAGGCGACUGGCGUGCCCGAGAGCUUCCGGCUCGUGUUUGAUUUCUCGCCGAACCCCUUCUUCACCCCGACGCGCCUCGUCAAGGAGUAUCACCUCACGGUUUCGUCGGCGCGCCACGGCGCGGAGCUGACGAGCACAAAAAGCACUGAAAUUGAGUGGAAGGAAGGCAAAGACGUCACCAAGAAAGUCGUUAGUCGCAAGCAGCGCAACAAGAAGACUCGCCAAACUCGCACCGUCGAGGAGGUCGUCGACAAUGAGAGCUUCUUCAACUUUUUCACGGACCACGAAAUCCCCAGUGACGAAAAACUCGAAACCAUGUCUGACAAGCAGGUUGGAGAGCUCCAGAUGAUCGUUGAGGCGGACUACGAUAUCGGCGUCACGAUUCGGGACAAGAUCGUCCCGCAGGCCGUCGAGUGGUUUCUGGGCGAGGCCGACGACGACGACCAGUUCGACGACGAUUUCGAUGAAGACGAUGACGACGACAUGCUGUCUGACGACGAUGAGGAUUCUGACGACGACGAGGAGCCGCGCCGGGCCGUUCGCGGGGGUCACCGCGGAAAAGGUGGGCAGAAGGCCGCCGGCACUUCGGGUGAGAAUCCCGAGUGCAAGCAGCAGUAA